AUGGGUCUAAUCGGCGGAGCGAUCAAGCUCAUCAUCAUCCCCAUCAUCUUUGUUGUCGCCAUUGCGGUCCUCGGCGGCAUCUACCUCAAGCACAGAAGAAACAAGGCUGCUGCCAUCAACGACGUCGAGCAGCCACACUUUACGGCUGCUCACUAUCCUCCACCCGUCUCAGCCGCACCGCCACCCGUCUACGCACCGAGUCCUGUACAGUACAUGGGACCUGCCAAGCCUGCCCCAGUGGCUACGGUGCAAGGAUACAACUAG